UCUUUGGGGAGGAGAUCUUGAUGAUAAUGAGAUAGCUAUACAGUUAGCAUUUUUCCUUAUCAAAUUCUCUGACCUCGUCGUUGUAGCUACAGUAGAUACUUGCAUAGUGUGUCUCAUGAGUUUCCGUCUGAAUCGGAUAGUUUAAAGGGCUUUCUUUAUACAACCAGCUAGUUUACGCACCAAAGGGAUGUCAAAGCGGCUGCGCAACAGAGACUGUCAGGUCUGCGCUGAUUGUAGCGCCCCGGGCCCAUGCUGGGCCUCAGUGAACAGGGGUGUGCUGGUCUGUGAUGAGUGCUGCAGCAUCCACCGGGGUCUGGGCCGACACAGUUCCCAAGUCCGACACUUGACCCAUACUCCAUGGCCCCCCUCCCAGCUACAGAUGGUUCAGACAUUGUACAGCAAUGGGUCCAACUCCAUCUGGGAGCACUGCCUUCUGGAUCCCUCAUCUAUCUCGAGUGGGAAACGCAAGGCCAACCCCCAGGACAGAGUCCAUCCCCAUAAAACGGAGUUCAUCAAGGCCAAAUAUCAGAUGCUGGCUUAUGUCCAUCGGCUGCCCUGUCGAGAGGAUGACAGUGUCACUACGAAGGACCUCAGUAAGCAACUCCACUCCAGUGUUCGGACUGGGAACCUGGAGACGUGCCUGAGACUGUUGUCUUUGGGAGCCCAGGCCAACUUCUUCCACCCAGAAAAAGGAAACACUCCGCUGCAUGUAGCAGCUAAGGCAGGCCAGGUGUCACAGGCAGAGCUGCUGGCUGUGUAUGGGGCGGAUCCCGAUGCCCUAGACAUGGGGGGUAAGACCCCUAUUGACUACGCAAGACAAGCAGGGCACCAGGAGCUGGCAGACAGACUGGUAGAGAUCCAAUAUGAACUCACCGACCGCCUGGCAUUUUACCUCUGUGGAAGAAGGCCAGAUCAUAGGAAUGGACAACACUUCAUAAUCCCACAAAUGGCUGACAGAAAUGUCAGUCUGGAUUUGUCAGAAUUUGCAAAAGCUGCAAAGAAAAAACUCCAGUCUCUCACUAACCAUCAGUUUGAAGAGCUUGCCAUGGAUGUUUAUGAUGAAGUGGACAGAAGAGAAACUGAUGCAGUGUGGCUGGUGACUCAGAACCAUAGCACUCUGGUAACAGACACAACUGUGGUGCCUUUCCUCCCUGUCAACCCUGAGUACUCAUCCACCAGAAACCAGGGCCGGCAGAAGCUAGCGAGGUUCAAUGCACAUGAAUUUGCAACACUCGUCAUUGAUAUAUUAACUGACGCCAAACGUCGGCAACGGGGGAACUCCUGUAAAAGUCCAAGAGAGGACAUAGAGCUCAUCCUGAAGGGAAUCAGCAGCCGUCAUGGGAGUGAGAGCCAGGAUAAUGAAGACCAGCCAGAUUAUGACAGUGUGGCAUCUGAUGAAGAUCCAGAGCGGGAACCAGCCUCUGGGAACAAUGGGAAAGAUGGCAGGACCAAGAGCUCUGAGUCGUCGGACUUGUCUGAUGGGCCCAUCACAUUACAUGAGUUCAUGGAGGUGAAGAGCGCCCUCACGGCCUCCGAGACCAAGAUACAGCAGCUGCUCAAGGUCAACUGUCACCUGAGUGAGGAGCUCCGGUUGAUGCAGAGCAAGCUGAACUCCAUGCAGACUGAGAAGUCUUCCCUGCGAUGGCAGACACCCAGUGGCCAGCAGCACCCUCAGGACCUCUCCGGCCGCCCCCCUGUCCCCGGAGGCCGCCCCAUGUCCAUGUACGAGACGGGCUCGGCCAUGAGGCAGUAUCCCCACAGGGGCGAGCCCCCUCGUCGUGACGACGGCCUCACUCUCCAGCCCCUCCCUACAAACAUUGGGAGGGGUCCUUUGGGGACCGCCUCGUCCUCCCUCCCUACCUUCCCCUCCUCCCUGUCCUGGUCGUGGGACGAGCGAGCUCGAAGGGGUUGCAGCCUGGAGGGACAGAGCAGCAUGCUGGAGAGUGACUAUGACAACACACCAAAGUACACAGGACUGGAGUCUGGUAUGGGCAGGAACAGCAGUUGGCUGGGUGAUGGCAGUACAGCAGAGCAGGGUGAGAGGGAGGAUGAGACUGAGGCUGACUCCACCCUGCCCUGCACCGAGGACGUCAUCUGUAAGACAGAGCAGAUCACCAAGAACAUCCAGGAGCUGCUGAGGGCCGCACAGGAGAACAAACACGAGAGCUUUGUACCAUGCUCAGAAAGGAUCCAUGUGGCUGUGAGAGAGAUGGCCACCCUGUUUCCUAAGAGGCCUUACUCAGACACAGUGCGAGGGUCUCUGCGGCUGCUCACCUCUAGUGCCAGCCGGCUCCAGGGGGAGUGCCAGAAGGCCACGCCCCACGACCCUUGCCCCUCCGACAUGCAGCUGGUCACGCAGCAGGUCAUCCAGUGUGCCUAUGACAUUGCCAAGGCUGCCAAGCAACUCGUCACUGUGACAACCAAAGAAAACAGCAACUGAUUUUUAACCCAAAGACUAACAUCCCUCUUGGACAUUUGAUAAUAUAUAUUAUCAGUACUAAUUUCAAGUUAGUGUUUAUCAGUGUUACCAUUGUGUUAUUUGUAUGCAACCAUUUCUUAUUUAAAGUACUCAAAUGGUCAUAGUAGAUUUCUAGUGAAGAACGUUUACAGAAAGUGUACCUUGCGAAAUGUGGGUCACCCCAGGGAUUUGUCCAUGGGUUUGUCUGUUAGAUAUACUCAUACUGCUAGUGUGUGACGACCUGCCUAUCUGGACUUACCUCAAAAGGAGACAUUCUAGUUACAUUGAAGUUACUAAACAGUUCUGCAACGUUACACAUUUAAACAGCCUUGGAUCAAUUUCAGGUGGCUGAACAUUUGUGGUUGCUGGGAGUGCUUGUCCUUGGUGCUCUCUGCUAUGCAACAAGGACACGUGGCUGUCCAAAGCUUUCAAACAGUUUGCUUUUAGCUUCUUAUUCAAGGCUAAACACAUUGGGAUCUUGAACAUACAGUCCGGUACAUAAUUAUUGGCACCCUUGAUCCCCAUUGAACACUUGCGGUUUGAAUUGAAGAGGGCAGUCCAUAAGAGCAGGAGGAAUGGUCUAACAUCCCUCUCAACGUGUUCUCCAAUCUCAUAAUACAUUUUAGAAAAAGGCUCAGUGUCAUCCUCACAAGGGGAGGGUGAUAGAGUAUUGAAAACGGGUGGCAAUAAUUUGGAAUUUUUUCUUAAGCAAAAUCUCUUUCUGAGUAUAUUAUAAAAUAUAUAAAAAAAAAUUAACAUACAAUACACCUCAGUAUUUGUAUUUAUUUUAUACAGUAUUUUCUGCUCAUCUUUAUCAAGGGUGCCAAUAAUUAUGGGCCUGAUUGUAGCUUAGUGGAAUACUGAGCCAUGAUGCGUCCAUUACAAUAUUUUCCUGAAGGUAUUUCCCAUGAAUGCCAUUUUUAUGUUUCAUGCCAAAGCCAUAAAGGUGAGGACAACUGCCAAGUCAGGUUUCCAUUGUUUAGUUUCUUUUUGUAGUUGUUUGAGCUCAAAAGGGAAAGCCAUACCUCCAAUGUAGCCGUACCUCACACACAAGCCCAAUAUCAAUUUUGUUUUAGUGUAGUGUGUAUUUUAAGACAUUUAUCCCAAAGGGAUACUCAAAACAGCCAACCCAAACUCUAUUUGUUAUAUUUUUUUACGAAAGUAUGAAAAUGUACAAACCAUCUAUUCUUAAUUCAUACGACCCUUAUCUAUAUUCUAUGUAUGAGACCCUUAUCUAUAUUCUAUGUAUGAAUACAAUAUCUCACACCUAACAAAUUGUCAACAUUUAUUUUCAUAAAAUGUAUGUUUAACAGUUAAAGUUCCCUCCUAUAUAUUCUGUGCUGUUUUAAGGCAUGCAAGUUUUCAUCUUGGGGAUGUCUUCUAUACAGCAUUUGUAUUUCAAUAUAUCCACAGGAAAUCAGUUGGGCUUGUGAUUCUCUCUCUCUCUCUCUCUCUGUCUCUGUGUGUGUGUGCGCAAAACCUAGCCUGUGUGUGUGUGUGUCCCGUAAUUUACAUUGUCUUUAUUGUGCUGCUAGUGGUAUAACAUGUGCAUCUAAUAGGGUUUUAAGAUGUGUUAAAAGCAUUUGUCAUGUUAUAUGUAAUAUGGGCAUACAGGGGGUCAUGUGUUUUCCAGGGAUGCAUUUGUGUGCUAUUGCGUGUUAUGAGCCAGACAACAGUCAUAGAGUUAUUGACAUUGCGGUUGAAAUAAAGACCUGCCUUUUUAAAGUAAUAAACUUUCAUUUAUAACUAAA